AUGCAUUUCCCAUCUCUCGCCGCGUCCAACAUGGUUCCUGACUACGAAGUCAAGCUCCUUCUCGACCCCGACAUGGUCCUCGGAUCCGACCACAAGCUCACGCCGACCGUUCUCUCGACCUUCGCCAUGCCAACAAAAGUUACAAAAAUGAACGUUCAGUUCCUCGACACGAGUACCGAGGAGAUCUAUAAUACCGGGUGGAGUCCUCGCUUACGCAAAAUCGAGGGUGUGGCAGACUUCGAGGAAACGUAUAAGAAGCGCUACGCGAUUACUGGGGGAGAUAUCGAUGCCGCGCUCACGACAGCAAACAAUGAAGGUUUCGAUUCUGACACGACGAAAUAUGAUGCUCAGAUCGAAUGGGGCUACCAGAAACUGACACUCUCCAUCAGCCGUGGCAUGGACUUACCAGGAACAAGCAGGUCUCGAACACUCAUGAUCAACGAUGCCCCUGACAAAUUUGACAACUGGCUGUUUAACAACUGGGGUACUGACGCGUUGGCGGUGUCGCGCAUUUUCGGCCCGGUUUUUGCAAAGCGGUCGAUUGGCACUUGGAGCGGGUUGAAAUUGUACAUCGAGGUCUGGCCGAUUAUUGAUGCAGCUGGUACGGGCACGGAAUACAUUGUCGAGGCGUCCUUCAAAACGACGAGCCGGACAACGGCUUUGAGUAAGCAUGAUGGCAUGAUCGCUUUUCUGCAGGGCAAGGGAUGGUUUCUGGCACAGGACUCCUUGAAGACUCAGCUGAUCAUGGACCGAUACUGA